UUGGGCAUUCAAUGGCAUGAAAUUCUGACGACUGCGUACCAUGCGCGACACUGAUGAGUGGAAGCUCUCAAAGUUUUGGAAUGCUCCGUCACGCAGCCUCUUGCAUGCGUGCCGGUCUCCAAGGCUGCCCCUUUUGCACGUUGCGGCUCUAUUUACCACCACUGCCGGCUUAUCGCCGCUGCUCUAUCUUGGUCCACCGCGGCGUGAGUCUGCUAACAAGCCCAGGAGGCAGAUCGUAAAUAUCUCCGGCCAAGGGUCCAUCGAAGGCGUAUCUUUCGUGAGCCUCUUUGCGGCGACUCCGGGUGUUCGUGGCCCUGAAUCCUGUUUCCAAAAGGCUUGACGUGUCCCGAAGUGGCUGGAUUGGAUUGGCUGGACCAGACGCUACUGCGUGUAUGUUGCUGUGAGAAUC